CACCCACCUUCAUUUGUCCCGUUUAGAGUUGUGUUUAUUAUUUCCCAGUAGCCAGUGAAGGUAUCGUUUUGCGUGUUUGCGUCAUCAGCGAAGCUUCUCCCGUACCCUGCAUGAAAAAAAGCUAUUGUAGUGAUGUUUGUUGUUUCCCUGCAAAUAUGGACUCUCAGAAUUCAUAUCUCAACUGCGCCAUAUGCCUGGAGCGUUUCAGCUACCCCGUGACCAUCCCCUGCGGCCACACCUUCUGCAAAGACUGCAUCAGCACACACUGGGACACCAGCAGCAAGUCUAACAAAAGCCCCCAUUGCCCCUUCUGCAAUCAGGAGUUCGCGUCCAGACCGGUUCUGAAGCGAAACGUGUCGCUGUCGGUGCUGGCCGAGUCUGCCAACAGCACCGGCCCAUCCUGCAGGGAGCCUCUGCUGAGGUCAGGGGAUGGGGCGAGGACUUUGCUGCUCUGCGAUCGCCACAAGAAGCCCCUGGUUUAUUACUGCAGGCAGGACAAAAUGCCCGUGUGCUGCGAAUGUGGCAUCACUGAAUGUGCCAAUCACGACAAAGUCAUGCUGGAGGCAGAGAAGGAAAGUCAAGAGCUGUUGCUUGAAAGAAAGAGUAAGGAAGUGGAGAAACGGCUUGAGGACACAGAAAAGAGUAUAAAUGAUUUGGUGGAGAACAUCAGUCAUGCUAAGGUGACUCUAGAGCAGACUUCGUCUUGGAUGAGGGCCAAGUUCUCGUCUCUGAUCAAGAUUCUGACCGAGAAGCAGGAGGCCACGGAGCUGUUCAUCGAGCAGCAGAAGCAGGAGGCCAUCACGGAGGCGCAGACGCGGCUGGCCUGCCUCCAGCAGCGCUUGCAGAUCCUCCAAGUGAGCCAAGCCCAAAUAGCAGCUCUGCACGAUCUCUCAGACGCCGACCUCAUUAGGGAGUCGACGCGGGUGGAAGUGCCACGUUUCAGCGACGUUCCCACAGAGGUGUCGCCAAGCCUUCUGGAUCGGCUGAACGGCGUCACAGACGUUCUGACCCGAGUCUCCAAGCUGGUUUCUGAGGACCUGGAGAGAGCCGUGUGCACCACGGUGCUUCAGGACAACGACGGGUCUCCUCAGGAUAAGAGGCCAGUACUUGCUGUGGUUCCCAGUCCGGCCACUCCGUGCCUCCCUGGUGGGAAGGAAGGCCUCGGUGCCUAUCGGUGCUCUCUGACGUUUGACCCUCGAACGGCCAACGAACACCUGUCUCUGUCUCAUGAGAAUCAGAGGGCGGAGCACCUGACGUCCGGACCGCGCCCGGUCCCAACUCACGAGGCUCGCUUCGACCAUACCUGGCAGGUGCUCUGCUUCCAGGGCUUUAAAAAGGGACAGCACUACUGGGAGCUGGAAGUGUCCAAGCCUUGGGCCUACCUCGGGGUAACUUAUGAAACCAUCCCCAGGAAGGAGAAGGGGAAGCGGUGCAUGGUGGGUAUGAAUGAACUGUCGUGGAGCCUCCAGCUGGACGAGCACCAGCUCUCCGCCUGGCACAACGGCCGGCGGGAGACGCUGGUCGGCCCCUCCCACCACAGCCGCAUCGGCAUGCUGCUGGACUACGAGGCGGGGACGCUCACCUACUACGGCGACGGGCAAACGAGGCUCCACGCCUUCCACUGUGCCUUCACCCAGGAGCUGUUCCCCGCCUGCUGGAUAGGGGAGGGAGUCAGCAUCACUCUCUGCUCCCCGUGAGCCUCCGGCUGAUUCGGCACAGAGAAACUCGUUUUACCUAUUUAAAAAACCUUUUCUCCCCUUGUAUUACUCUCCUCUCACCACAUGGUGGCGACAAACUCUGAGUCCUUACAGCUUUCACUCCAUUUCAUCUAAACGGUUUUAUGUUUCAAAGAAAUCAACUUCGAGGUGUCUCCAGAUCAACUCAUAUGAUGCUUUCACUGCACCCAGUUGAUCCCCGUCUUCAGCAACACGAUGAGCUUUUAACGCAGGCAGAGAAGACUGAAGAAAAUGAUUCCAAUGUCUCCAAACAAGGGGGUUGCCAACACUUUACACAAUUCUUAUUUGAACUUUCUUAAAAAUAUGUUUACCGAGAUGAAGAGGAGUGCAGUGACAAUUAUCACUGUUGGUGUUUUGCAUUGACGGGACAAUUGUGAUGUUAUUCAAGAUACAGCUGUAGUGUAUGUACAGAACAGACCGGCUGCUAAUUUGUGUUACAGAGAGUUUCAGUGAGUCUGUUUUGAAUUAAUCAGCUUGAAAGGAACACUAUUUGCCUUUCUGCUCUGAAGUUGAAUACAAUCAUCCUGGGCACGAAUGUGAUGCUUACCAACCUACCUUUAUCCAAACGUCUCAGUUUUCGUCUCUGGCCAUAAAACGUUUGUGCAGGAGACAUUUAGGUUGUCCAUGUGCACAGCUGGAGAUUUUGUUUGAUUGGUUUGGGUUAUUUAUUUGUCAGAAUUAUUUCAGUUGGUGCUGAUGUUAGGUUUGUAGUCCAGAAGCUUCGAUGUUCAGCCAAGCAGGAGGACAAUGAUCCUAAACAUGUCAAAACUGGAGCUCUGGAGUUUGAAAUACUAGAACGUUUCCCCAAAGCAGGAUCCCGGUCCUAAUGAAAAUUUGUUGACUGGAGAAAGUCGAUCCUGUGGACUCGGUUGUUUUUAAAAAUCACUGAAGUUGAAUAAUUCUACUGUGGAAAAAGAUUGGUCAAGCCACACAACUCCAUUCAGUGCCACUUGUUGAAGAAUAACUUUUUCACCUGCUGCAAAUAAAAUCCAUUUUUGUUAACAGAUUUUUAAAAAGUACUACUGAGAAAAAAGCUCUUGGACUUUCAGCAUGACAGCAGGAAUCAGUUUCUGCUGUGAUGUUGGAAUCUACGGCACUUUCUAGAUGUUUUCAGCACGUUUAUGACAACCAGCCAUGUUUUGGGUUUUUUUGUUAAUUAAGCACUUUUACUGAGCUAUGCUGUCAACCUUUGGCAUGUUGAGGUACUUGAGGCUCAGGAUUUUUGGGGAAACUGCUGUGGAUAUGCACAAAACGCUCCAAAAGAGCACUUUUCCUGACGUAGAAGCAUCAAUCUAGAAUGAGUUCGUCUCUUUUGUGUUUAAAGUAGAAAUUUAAAAUGUGACAACAAUCCCGACUGGAAAUAAAAAAAAACAAAAACACUCCCUGUUUCAUGAGUUAAGAGCCAUUUAUUAAACUUCAAUCUAAUGCGCACAUGCUUCUGUUGAAAUCAUGCCGUUUGGUUUUUUUUCCCCCAUAAUUGAACCAUUCUACAGUAACUGUUCAAUAAAUUAAGUUUGAAGUACAUAAAGAGCUGAACGUUGUUGUACACCCAGCCAUGACGAGAGCGAACCGUAGCCUGAUGCAUAGCAUUCUGAAAGUGCAAAGAAUCAGCCGCUGAUGCGCCACAGAUAAAAUGACCACAGAGGAAGGAACAACCGAGGCGCUCGAGAUCAGACCGAGCGAACGGAGUUUAACACAAACUGAGCCCGUCCUCCAGGCGAUCGUGUUACUAUCUGGGGAAAAAGACAAC